CACAUUAGACCGGCUCUCGCAGUAUAAAAAGCAAACGAGCUGCUCGAGGAGCAUCAGUCACUCGCAACAACAAUGGCAAGCAAAAUCGUGUCCGUCGCUCUGUUCGCAUGCCUGGUGCUGGCCAGUGAGGCGAAGCCGCAGCUGUUUGCCACCCCGGCCGUCGUGGCAACCCCCGUGGCCACCGUGCGCUCUUCUGCGGCCCUGAGCGCGCACCCCGUGCCCGGCACCAACCUGAUCAGUGGCUACAGCUCGCAGGCCGUGCACCAGAUCUCCAGGUCGACCCUUCUAACAGUGCCGGCCGCCUCCUACGUCGCCGCCCCCUACGUCACCGCCCGAUACCUGUCCUCGCCCUAUGUGUCAGCCCGCUACGUGUCUGCACCCCUUGUCUCCGCACCCACCUACUACGUUUAAAAUAAAAACGUGUGUAACUUACCCCGACUGCGCAAUGCCAAGGAUUCUGUAAAUUAAAUUGUAAAAAAUCAAAUUAAUGCAAUAAAUUAUUGUAGAAUUAUAUGCAAAUUA